AUAAAGUAAUAGAUAUACUUAUUUUAGCUGGUAACAAUUUAGUUUAAGUAUUACACGGCAAAAUCAAAAAGUUAUAUGUCAGAAUACUGAAACAUUCUCCAUAUUGAUUUUUCCAUACUAAUGGCGAAAUUAUCAAAACUAUGCAACGUUUUAAUUUAGUCGACUCAUAACACAGAUGAUCGUCUGCCCCUUUUUGUUUGUAUAGGUAGUAGGUACAACAUUUGUCAAAGUAUAUGUCCAUUGUCCAUUAAAUAAAUAAUUUUAAGUUGAAGGUACUCUCGUCUAAUUAAAUUUUAGCCGUCAAAAUGUCCUAGUAUAAAUUGUUAUUGUCUAGCUAAAUCCAAAUCCGUAGUAGUGCACACUAACGAAACACUGAUUCUUGGGUUAUCGCGGAAAAAUGGCGUUUUCUUUUAGGAAGAUGCUCUCAAACAUUAACUAUUUCAAAAAAUCCGAUGAGAGUCCCAGCAAUGAUCCUAAUCUAAAGAGACGUAGACAUACGUACAUGGUCGAAGAUCCGAUAAUAAAUUUUGAGGAGGCAGAUUCCACUUCGAGGCAGUGCACUAGCUUGAAGCUGCCAGAAUCGUUAAAGAAUUACGCAGCGAAAAAAGGCUCUCUUUCCGAUACAGAUCUAUUAACUCUGAGUGUCGAGGUGCCUACACGAGAGAAGAGGCGUAAAAAGCUCAAGUUGGAUAUUAAGAAAGCCAGCCAAUCUAUGAAUCAACUGAGCACUUACAAUGUUGAAAACACACCGAAGCAUGUUCACUUGGAAUGCAAAAGCUCCGAGGCAUUUUCCGAACGCUUUCGGGGCUUCGAUUUCAAGACUUUAGAUCUGUUCGAUGCUAUGUACGAUGAGAGGGACACUUCAUCUCCGCUAGAAGAGGAAAUAGACAUACAUUCACUAUCAGACCAUUCGGAUACAGAUAUUUCUAUUAAAUCGAGCAAUUCAUCCAUAAAAAUGUGCCGGAAAGUCAACGAGAGCAGCUCUAGUAAUGAUAAAAUUGUACCAUCCACAAGCCUGGAAUCUUUUGGUGAUGUUGAACUCGAAAAGAGUGAAGAAGAAAGAAUAAGACUGCUGUUGAACUAUCAAAUGAAACUAGAUAAAAUGGAAUCCGUUAUGAAAAGGCUGCUGCAUGAAUUCCAAUUCCAUAUUGAAGUUUCCAAAGUAUUCCAUUCCAAAUCCGUUGUGACAGCACUACAGGGGAGUAAUAUACAUAAAACUCUAGAAGACAUCACAAAUAUAGAGAAGAAUGCUAACUGGAACUUCAUUGUUGAGAGAGAAGACGAUCAGACUAAGUACAAACUAAAGAAGCAAUUGCUGUCAAUCAAAUCCUGCAUAGACAACUUUGUCCGUAUAUACCUGAAUAUAGACAAACAGAGGUUGCUAAAGAAGCCCAUACAGAAGACGCACAAGAAGAAAAAGCAUUUUGAUUUUCCUGAUCUGAGAGAUGCCCUGUUGAACCUGUUCUCGCUGCGGAAUGACUCCAUAGAUGAUGAUUCAUCUAAAUGUGAAUGCAAUUGCCAUAAUUCAUCACCGGAUUCCGAUUUAGAGUCAGCAUCAUCCAAAACAGACCAGUCCUUAUUUAUAACAUCAUCGAUCGGGAAUUUUACAUUGGACUGUUCCACACUCACAGCUUACUCGGAGUCCUUGGACCAAGUCAUCAGCUACACCAGCUAUGAAGACUCGAGCUUAUUCAACAGCUUACUCCAGAAGGCGGCCAUUGAAAGAAUAACUUUUUACAUCCAAGUACAUAGCAUCCAAUUAAGCUGUGAACAGAAUGAGUCCAAGAACAUUAUUUUUCAUUGCCCGCCAUGCCAAUAUAUCGAAACCGAAGAAAGUGACUUGCUAUGCCACAUACUGAGUCAAGAGCAUUGUGAGAAGAUACAUUUCCUCUAUAAAACGGCAUACAUUAAAAAAUGCAUGUCGGCUGGUAAGGAGAUACAACCAAGUACAGUCCUAAAUCCCAUGAGAAUGUAUAGAGAUGAGAACAAAAUCGUCUGCUUUGGUGAUGCACUGUACGCUUGCACAUUGUGCUUUGAAAAUCUUAUCAUCGGUGAGUCUGUGUUGAUGGCUCACUGCUCCGAACCCCAACAUAUCAGUAGACGGGAGAAGUUGGGUGAGAUAAUCGAUUAAUUGCAUGUUUAAAUCAAAAUAAUAAUUUAUUUUCCCACAUUAAUGACUUCAAAUUUCACAUCUCUUUAACCAAGUUGCAUGUUACACUAUUACGUUACCUUGACUCUGUCUGUUCUCACCUCGUUGACUGAAUUUGUUAUUUUUUUCCAAACUUCACAUGUCUGGUGCUCAAAUUGCUUAUUUAAAGAUAUUUCAUAUUUAAUGCGUUCCUAUAUCCGGGUUUUUCACGUGCUAAAUUCAAACAGGGUUACUGAUUUCACGUAUUUAUCUAAGUUAUAUUGUCUAGCUGUUAAUCUAACUAGUUUAGUUAUAGAUUCUAGAUGAACUAGGUUUGAAUCGAUCUAGAAAUAAAACGGAUCUCAAAAUCAAGACUGAUCAACAAGAUGUGUUCAAAACUGUUUUUCAUAUUGAAUUAAAAAAAUAAUAGGAUUUCGAAUGUACCUACUAACCACUGUUUUUGCAUUUUCUACAUUUUACAACUUAAAUUAGAAUAAGUUUAAUAAUGUAUUAAUAAGUUAUUAUUGAGGUGGCUUCUACAUAUGUUGAAUCGUCGGCCAUUUUGAUUUCUUUACAAGUAAACUUUGUAUACGAAAAAAAGAUGAUAGUUGUUGUAUCAGGAUAACAGGGUUCACGUUUUUUUUUUUUUUCGAAAAGUCGAAGCCUCACCGUAAGUUAAUUCUCAUAAUCAUUAUUUUAGUAAUAUAUUUUGUAAGAUAUAAUAUAUUUCUGAUUUUUUUCAAAAAAAUCAAGAUACAAGUUAUUAUUUUUUUUUUAUAAUCGCAAAGAUUAUAUUUUCAUUAUUUUUAUGAACAUAUAGAAAAUUGGAAAUUUUGUUUUCAAAUUCGUCAGACGAUCUGGCAUCAAUGUCAUUUAAUAUUAUUUUUUAUAUCAAUAUGGUAAGUUUUUAAUGAUAAUACUAGCGUUAGAAUUAGAAAAUAAAAAUGAUAGUGCACACAGUGUAUGUUAAAGCUUUAAAAUAUUUAGGGGAAGUCUACACGGGUGCAAAAGUUUUUAACUGUGAUUUUUACUGUUAUAACAAAAUUAUAUAAUAGUUUUCCCGGCGAUUUUUAAACCUAUCUUAAUUUCUUCAUCAAAAUUUUGAUAUUCCUCAUUUGCGUUUAAAAAUCGCCGUGUUUUGUGCAAUCUGUGAUCGAGUGUUCAAAAUUACAUAUGUUUUUUUGUAACUCUUUAUAAAAAUGUAUACCAAAUACACUUUUUGAGUCUGUACUUGUUAUUUAAUAUGCCUCUGUACUGUAAGACUGUUACUUUAAAACUAAAAUUCAUUUUUCAAUAAAUGUGUGCAGUUUGGA